AAUGAAACUGGUUUGGGCUGCUCUCAUACUUGAACUCCCACGUCUGUGUGUACAUCAGCGAUUGUCCUUACUCAACCAUAACGUGAGGGCAUAUCUACAAUCUCCACUUCAGAUCAACAUUGUCUUGGAUAUGUUAACAAACUGUACAUCUGAAUCAUCCACGCAAAAUCAUCAAGAACCCAUAUGUAAAGUUGGCAUUAUCGCUGAUGUACAGUAUGCAAAUCUAGAGGAUCGUUUCAAUUUCACCAAAACACGUUUACGGUUUUAUCGAAAGGCUUUGACCUUACUGAAAAGGGCCGUUACGGAUUGGAGCACUGAAAAUGUUGACUGCGUCCUUCAACUUGGUGACAUCAUCGAUGGGUUCAACAAAGCUGAGAAUGCGUCCGAUAGUGCCUUAGCAACAGUAACCGAAGCGCUUAAACAUGUUGCGGUUCCGGUUUACCACACGUGGGGAAAUCAUGAACUCUACAACUUCACACAGAAAGAACUAAUGAACUCAGUUCUGUUUAGCGGUAACUUGCCUCAGUGCACAUGUCCUGAAGGAAAGUCCUACUACUCAUUCCAUGUUCACAGGAAGUUAAAGGUUUUGGUAUUGAAUUGUUACGAAAUAAGCAUGCUUGGACUACCAGAGGGAUCUGAAGAGUAUACACAGGCAGAAAAAAUGCUCAGAGAUAAAAAUCCAAACGAGGAUCUUAACUCUCCGGUGGGUCUUACUGGAACAGAUCGGCGUUUUGUGAAAUUUAAUGGUACUUUGUCUUCCUUACAACUGCAGUGGUUAAACGAGACCCUACAAGAGGCCAGAGAGAACGAGACUAAUGUUAUCAUUAUUGGACAUAUAUCCAUACAUGAGGGAAGUGCAGACAGUGCAUGUUUAUGUUAUGACCAUGAGGACAUUUUGAAAAUACUGUCGAAUCACGGAGAAUGUGUACUUUGUUAUUUGGCCGGACAUGAUCACGAAGGCGGAAGUUGUGUGGACAGUUCCGGAAUUCUGCACGUGACUUUUCCCGGAACUGUGGAAAGUUCGGAACCAGAUGCCCAUGCUACAGCCUACCUCUACAAAGACAGCUUCGCCAUACAUGGGAAAGGGAGUUAUCCUUCCUUUGAAACAAAACUCAGAUACCCUAUCACAUGAUUAUAGAAAAAAGACAGACAGGUCAUGUUUGGUUUACAUAAACUUAGAUCAUACCAUAUACAUAUCCGCAACACAUGACUUUUUUCAUUUUGAUAUCUAACUUCAGGAUGAAU